AUGCCCUACGCUCCUCGUCCCACCACAGUCCUCCCCGCCUCAACCACCACCUCUCGCCAUACAAACACCAGUUCAACCUCUUCGCAACACUCCGCUCUAGCAUCACGCAUCGCUGCGAAGCGAAGCGAGCUCGAGAAUCUGAAACAGCUUCGUGACCUGAGCGGUGCGCUGGCCGAGCAGAUGGGCGCGUUGGAGGAGAAGUUGGCUACAUUAAGGGACGGGACAGAGGCGGUGGCCUGUGUGCUUGCGAAUUGGGAUAAUGUGCUCCGGGCUAUCAGUAUGGCGUCAAUGAAAGUCCCGAAGCCUACUGCAACAGCAAACGGCGAGGAUGAGGAGCAGCAGCAGCAGGGCCAAAAGGAUGGGGAAGACCCAAAACUCCCUGUGACGCUGGUGAGGAUACCCGCUCAGUCGCAGGAUCCAAGACAUAGAAGGUUGGAAGCAGAUAGAACAUCGUGA